AUGACUGAAAACCAGACAGCUCAUGUAAAAGCUUUGGUGUUAGAUGCCACCCCAUUGAUUACGCAAUCAUAUACACAUUAUCAAAAUUAUGCUGAGACUUUCUACACUACCCCCACAGUGUUUCAAGAAAUCAAAGAUGCACAAGCAAGGAAAAAUCUUGAGAUUUGGCAAAGUCUCGGAACACUAAAGCUAGUGCACCCAGGUGAAACUUCGAUAGCAAGAGUAAGUACAUUCGCUAAAUUAACUGGUGACUACUCUGUACUGAGCGCCAACGAUUUGCAUAUCCUUGCCCUAACAUACGAAUUAGAAGUAAAAUCAAAUGAGGGUGAUUGGAGACUGAGGAAAAAACCUGGCGAUGCCCUGGAGGAGCUCACAACUGACCAAGAAAUAAAGGGCAAAGAAAAGCCCAUUGAGAGCAACAAAAAGGUAAUAAUCACUGAGCUCAUUCCAAAGAAAAAGAAUAAGAGAAGAGGUGGGAAGAAGCAAAAGGCUAAAAGAGAAGCAAGAGAAGCUGUUACGUCAUUGUUAGCUGAAAGUAAUGGCAAUGUACAUUUCGAGCAAAAUAGUAAGAUAGAAGAGCCCCUUGAAGUGGCCGAAACUGAAGAGCACAACGAAGAGGUCGAAAUGAAAGUGCAAUCAUCUAACAAUGAAGAGAUAAAGGAACCUUCUGAUUUGAAUGAAGAAUUUCAAGAUGCUGAUGAUGACGGUGAUUGGAUCACCCCUGACAACUUAACAGAGGCAAUAAUUAAGGAUAGUGGUGAGGAUACCACCGGUUCCUUGGGUGUGGAGGCAUCCGAAGAGGAUCGCCAUGUUGCAUUGAACCGUCCAGAUAACCAAGUAGCAUUGGCCACCGGUGAUUUUGCAGUCCAGAAUGUAGCUUUGCAGAUGAAUCUAAAUCUGAUGAAUUUUAUGUCAGGUCUAAAGAUCAAGCGAAUCCGCAAUUACAUGCUAAGGUGUCACGCUUGCUUUAAAAUAUUCCCCCUACCAAAGGACGGCAGACCAAAACAUUUCUGCGCCUCGUGCGGUGGACAGGGCACCUUAUUAAGAUGUGCUGUCUCUGUAGACUCGCGCACAGGGAAGAUUACACCCCACCUAAAGGCCAACUUCCAAUGGAACAAUAGAGGGAACAGGUACUCCGUAGCCAGCCCUCUAUCUAAGAACUCACAAAAAAGGUAUGGUAAAAAGGGACACGUACAUUCUAAACCGCAGGAAAAUGUAAUUCUUAGAGAAGACCAAAAAGAAUACGAAAAAGUGAUAAAGCAAGAAGAUUGGACCAGAAGGCACAAUGAGAAAAUUCUAAACAACUGGAUUGGUGGCGGUUCUGCAGAUAAUUAUAUUUCUCCAUUUGCAAUUACUGGUUUGAAGCAGCACAACGUUCGCAUUGGUAAGGGACGGUACGUCAAUAGUUCCAAAAAAAGAAGCUAG